UUUUCUUUUUUUUUUUUACCUCCCCCAUGUUUUAUUUUCUAUUUAUUUAUUUCAUUUUUUUAAAGAGAGAAAUGGAGGGUGAUGGCGUCUUGUGUGUCACCGAGAGCACGCAGAGGGACGGGAUGAUGUAGGAAUAGAGCAUUCAGAGAGAAAAAUCCUCAGUCCAGCCGAAGAGUGAGAGACGGUUACAGAAGGAGAUUUACACAAUAGAGAAAUGAGCAGAAGGACAAUGGGCACGCGCAUCUGCGGACUCCUCGCCUUUUAAUCCGGAUUUAUUUUUCUCAUUUUUUGUUGUUGUUGACGAAUCCGAAUUGAAUACCUUGUCGGAUAGGAGUGUGUGUGUGUUUUUUAACAAGGGGUGUUAAAUUAAGGCUGGGCUCGGGGGGGGAGAGAGAGAGAGAGAGAGAGAGAAUAUGAUUUAAAGAGAAUAGUUUUGAUCAUUUUUACACUCAGUGCACACAUUCCAGCGUCACGCGCACGCUCUUUUCUGUUUAAUUUAUUAUUAUUAUUAAUAAUAAUAUUAUUAUUAUUGUGUGUGAGUCAGUGUGUGUGUGUGUGUGUGUGUGUGUGAGUGAGAGUGUGAACACAUGUAAAGCGAGCGAGUGAGAGGACGAGAAAAAGGGAAGGCAAGAAAAAAAAGGAGAAAGAAACAAGGAAGCAAUCCCUCUAUUCCUGUCUCCAUCCAGCGCCUCUGCUUGUUCUCGCUGCAGAUAUUAUCAUCAUCAUCAUCAUCAUCAUCAUUAUUGUUAUUAUUAUUAUUGAUUAUUAUAAAUCAUUAUUUUUUUCCUGCGAGUGAAUCGAGUCAUUUCUGAUGCGCGCGCCGGGAGCAUGCGACUCGGCGCUGAUCACAGGAACUGAGAUAGAGCCCUGCUCUAGAACCUCUCCAGCACACACACACACUCUCACAUCCAUCAGAAACAAAGCCCUGAGGAACACACAGCUGGAACACCACUGAUACCAAUUUAAAGAAGAAACCAGCAGCAGCUUCAGUCGGCUUCACACACCUGAGCAGUCUCCCCUCCAUGAUCAACUCCAUGAUGGAGCUCCUCCUGGUGUUAGCUAAGGACUGAGCUCUGGUCAGUAGGUUAGGAUGGAGUGCAGCUCUUGUUCCUGCGGUCACUGUUGGCUCAUGCUGAGUGUAGAGGUGAUGUCGGGCAGUAAGGCUCUGGGGGGGGCGAGGCGGCGCCGUACCCGUUGCCGGCGCUGUCAGGCCUGUAUGCGCUCCGAGUGUGGAGAGUGUCACUUCUGCAAGGACAUGAAGAAGUUCGGGGGACCGGGACGCAUGAAACAGUCCUGUCUACUGAGACAGUGUACUGCUCCCGUGCUUCCUCACACGGCGGUGUGUUUUGCGUGUGGAGAAGCGGGGAAGGAGGACACUGUGGAGUCUGAGGAGGAGAAGUUCAGUCUCUCUCUGAUGGAGUGUACCAUCUGCAAUGAGAUCAUCCACCCCAGCUGCCUUAAGAUGGGUAAAGCAGAAGGCAUCAUUAACGAUGAGAUCCCGAACUGCUGGGAGUGUCCCAAAUGCCACAAGGAGGGGAAAACCAGUAAGGAUGGUGAUGGUUUGGGGAAGAGGCGGUUGGAUAACGGUGAAGUGGGCCGGUGGAAGCUGACUGAUGAUCCGCCGCCCAGCAAAAAGAAACCUCCGUCUGCAGAGGAGACGCGGCAGGACGGUCAGAAACGCAAGAAGGAGAAGGAGCUGUCUCAGGACAGUGGACCGAAGAAGAAGAUGAAAGGCGCUCGGGAAAAACACCUGAAAAAGCAGAAACAGAAGCCAAACUCUUCCGACUCUGCAGAGACUAAUGGGCCAAACUCCUCCUCCGGGGGUCAAGGGUCAGCCGGUGUGGGCUCAGCAACACAAACUCUGUCUUCGGCCUCCAACCAGGACCAGCGUUCUCACCACCGGGAGAAACUGGAGCGGUUCAAACGCAUGUGCCAGCUGCUGGAGCGCACCAGAGAUUCCUCCUCCUCUUCCUCCUCUUCCUCCAGCUCGGAGUCGGACUCGGAUUCCGACUCGGACUCGGAUUCAGCGUCUCCCGGGGGUGCUUCUGAACCGUCGUCCCCGGCGACGGCAUACAACUCCCGAGAGAGAGAACGUGAGAAAGAACGCGAGAAAGAACGCGAGCGAGAGAGGAACCGCCGUCUGGCUGAACUGGGCUUUAGCGCCAGUGACGACUCGGAAGGAGAGAGGACGGGGAACGAACAGGAACAGGAAGUGACAUCGGAGGAAACUCAGCAACAACAGCAGCGCAGCCGGAAAUCCGAAAACGCACAAAGGGGACGCAAAUCGGUCGCGGCGACCGAGAUAGAGGAUGAGGACGCGGCUGGCGGGGGAGAGAAAAACCGGAAACCUGGACUGCUGACUCCGCCCUCUCCGUCAGCCCUUUCCUCUGGUCAGCAUCAGCCUUCCGUCGGACACGCCCACUCAGAGGGCGUGUCGAAACGCAGCAACGGACAGGAAGUGUCACGGAACGGGCGGACAAGGAUGGAGAAAGAGAAUGCCAAGAGUAACAGCGGAGGCACUAACUCAAACGCCAAUCAUCGACACCAGGCUAACAAAACGGGGCGAGCCGGAAAGAUGCGGAGCGGAACAAAGCAGACUCCCACGCAGACGACGGGAAGUGGGACGGCAAACGGAGGAAACGGAGGCGUCCUCCUGUCCAGUCCAGCAUCCCGCAUCGCAGCCCAGCUGACCUUUAUCUCUCCGCCCAAAGCGGUGCAGAUGGAGAGGCACCUGGUGCGUCCUCCGCCCGCCUGCCCCGAGCCACACUGCCUCCCGCUGGACAGCGGCGUGUCUCACGUCCUGCCUCGAGACGUCUGGCUCCGAGUGUUCCAGCACCUCAACCACAAACAGCUGUGCGUCUGCAUGAGGGUGUGCAGGACAUGGAGCCGCUGGUGCUGUGAUAAGAGACUGUGGACUCGGAUUGAUCUCAGCCGUCAGAAAUCCAUCACCCCUCCAAUGCUGAGUGGUAUAAUCCGCCGCCAGCCGGUCUCCCUCAAUCUGGGCUAUACCAAUAUCUCCAAAAAACAGCUCAUGUGGCUCAUCAACCGGUUACAAGGUCUGUUGGAGUUGAAUGUAUCGGGCUGUCCCUGGUCUUCGGUCUCGGCUCUGUGUCAGACGGUUUGUCCCUGUCUGCGUCUGCUGGAUCUGAGUCGAGUGGAAGACCUGAAAGAUUCUCACCUGAGGGAACUGCUGGCUCCGCCCAACUCUGACACGCGCACAGGAGAGAGUAGGGGUGGGCGGUUCCAGAAUGUUACUGAACUGCGAUUGGCCGGUUUGGAGGUGACUGAUGCAGCAUCUCGGCUGCUGGUUCGAUACCUGCCUCACCUGACCAAACUGGACCUGAGUCAAUGUGGACAAAUCACAGACCAAACCAUCAACACUCUCACGUCCCCCAUAUCCCCUCUGAGAGAGAGUCUCACACACGUCAACCUCGCAGGCUGUGUGAAGGUGUCAGAGCAGAGUUUACCGUUGCUGAGGCGGUGUGUGUCGCUGCAGAGCGUGGACCUGCGCUCCUGUGGGCUCCUCCCCCCCGAGACCGAUGACAGACUGCUGCUGAAGAACAGUUAGAGGCUCCGCCCUGCACACUACAGCCUACAGCACCGGCCAAAUCACACGCAGCCCACUGACCCUACCAUACGCACUCUGGGCGGGGGGGGGGGGUUGGAUCGUGGGGAGAGGGGGUGGAGUGGAGGGGGAGCGCGACCAAUCACAAAAAAAACUUUUUUUUUUUCUUGCUGCAGUUGUUUUUGUGAAAAUGGACUUACGGACAAACUAGCAUGUACAUAUUCAGUAUCGGGGGUGUGUGUGUGUGUGUAUGUGUGUGUAUGUGUGUGUAUGUGUGUGUGUGUGAGGGAGAGUUACUGUAAAAUAAACCUUUUCUGCUCAGCAGCCCACCCCUCAUCUUCCAGGUCUGUCCCAUAUCCUCCUCCCUCACCCCCUCCCCUCCC